AUUACAAGUAAAAAGCAAUUAAGAAAAGGUUCUGUGCAAACUAAAGUGAAGAAGAUGAGUGAAAUUGUAAACAAAUACUGCUCAAGCAUUAUCAUUACCUAUGGUUUACACAGUAAACUUCUUUAUCAUUCAUCUAUAAAAGAAAAGAAAAUAGAAUAUAUGUAAGUAUGUAUAACGCCAAUUGGAAGAUGCAGUGAAUUGCGUUCUAUACAGAUAUAAAAUUAUAAAGAAUAAAGAAAGUAUUGGAUAUUGCAAACAAAGCAAGCUUUUGCACCUUCGCAGUACAAGGUAAAAAUCCGGUUAUUAAGAACGGGGUAUUGCGUUGCAAAAGUGCAAAAUUAAUCAUCAGUGCUGCCAUACUCAAAAACACUGAGUUAAAUAAAUUGCAACAUUCACAACGUAGAGUUUGCACUAAUUAACUGAAUAUGGCAAUAUUGUAGAACUUUUAAUUACUACUGAAUUCGUGCAAAAAUUUGCGUGCUGUCCAAAUUAUUUAAUAAAAUAUGAAGAGGAAAUUACAACAAAAAAGAAUUAAAAGAUGGACACAAAGCGAAAUAAGUAAAAUUAUUGACUAUAUGGCAGAGCAUGGAAAUUUGGAGAAACCAACAGCGCGAGCAUACUAUGAUACAUUCCUAGAAAUUACGCCGAUCGAUGCAACUUGGGAUUUAAUAAAAUGGAAGGUGCGUUAUUUGAAAACACUGUACGCAAAGGCGAAUCAAUGGUUAAGUUCUCCCGAAGCUGAAUCACUAAGUGAGGAACUGGUUGUUGAGCGUAUACAGAAAAUAUGUCCCAACUAUGAGCGUUUGCGAAAGAUAUUUGGUGUGAAACAAGCGCAAGUUGUGGAGAUUCUCGACUCGAACGACUCAUUUGCCGAUUGUUAUAUUGAUGAAUUUGAGGAAAAUAAUGACAUGGCGGUGGAUGUAAAGGUAUACGCUGAUUACAAUGCAUUUGAAAACCUUCGUCCAGAUGAAACUGAAAGCAUGAAUUUUGAAAAUAAAUUAAGCCCAGAAGUGGAUAUUACUCAAAUGUCAACCAAUUCUACACCAGCACUCUGCGAUGUAUUACAUGAACAGUUAAUUGCAGACGAAACGGCAGCUGCAGAAACUUCGCCCAACGCCAAAGAUGCGAGCAACGAACAAACGAUUGCAAAGCGGGUAAAAAAAGAAUCGCUGCGACAUUCACUCUCCGCCUUAAGUCAAAGUCAGGAAAGCCGCAAUGAAAUGCAACGGCUACGAUUGAAAUUUGAAGAAUAUAAAUUCGUGCAGGAAUUUCAAUUUGUCAAACAGAAAUUCGAAGCCGAAAUGGAGUUGAAAAAGCAAGAACUCGAAUUAAGAAAAAUGGAAAUAGAGAGUAAUGAAAAGCUAAAACUCAUGGAGAUUGAGAAAAGCGAACGAAUCGCUAAAUAUGAAUUGAAUUUGAAAUAUAAUGGACACAAUGAUAGUCUGCGCUCAGAUUAGUGGUCAUGAACAUUUUCUGGGUUGAAAUUUUUUUAUUCCUGUCUAAUUUAUGUUGCUUUGAAAGUUUGUUGUAUAACCUACUUUUUUUGUUUUGUUCUUAGAGUUACACAAAGAAGGAACGCCAAAAAAUUAUAAAUGUAAAAUAUGUACAUAUAUAUAUUUUUUUAAUUCUUAAUUAUAUGCUUGUGAUAA